AUGGACAACGGGGGGGAGUUCGUCAGCCGCGACUUCAUCGCCUUCUGCGACAACGCCGGCAUCCGCAGUGCGUACACGGCGCCGAGCACCCCGCAGCAGAAUGGUCCGGCGGAGAGUGCGAUCUGGCGCGUGAACAAGGCCGGCCACGCCGCUCGUCUCGAGGCACGCUGCCUGUUCCCCAAGAUCGACUUCACCCGCGUCCCCGGCUUCGGACGAAAUGGCGAGCGACUUUGGCUAGAGUCGUGUCACUGGGCUGCCGGCGGCUCCAACCGUUCUCCGACCAAGGUAAACCUCGGGUACAAGUCGCCGCACAAGCUCUUCACCGGCCGCCCGCCCCCGCUCCAGAUCGUCCCGUUCCUACAGCCGGGGCACAUGCGUGUGAUGCGCGCGCGGAAGAUGGAUCCCCAGGCAGUGCUGUGCUGCUACCUCAACAACGGCGACAACCAUCACGAGUCGGUGGUCAAGGUCCUCAAGUUUGCGACGGGGCGCGUGUGCAUGACGAACAACGUCGUGUGGGUCUCCGACCGCACGCCGUUGCUGACCCCGCCGCUGGAGAUGCCGGCGCCGGCGGGCGAGGGGGAGGAUUCGGAUGUCGCCGCCGCACCGUUUUCAAUGGAGUACAUUUCACCGCCUCUGUUACCCCCUUCACCGUUCGCCCGCUCUCCCACUUCUCCCGCUGCCAUAUUAUCACAGGCGCCGCCGGCAACUUCCACGCCACCAUCGCCGGCGCCGCCGCCUACCGCAGCCACACCAUCGCCACCGUAUACCACCAACGCGCCACGUGCAACGUCGCUCGCCGCCGCGCCACCGUUCACCACCACCGCGCCGCCUGCAACGCCGUUCGCCGUCGUGCCAUCGCCUCCCGCCGUCGCGCCUCCUGGUGCCGCGCCAUCGACCAACAUGCCGCCGCUCACUACGAGGACCAUCCGUGAACUGGACGUGGGGCGCGGGGACAUGAGGGUUUCUGGGCGCACGAGGGCAGCCGCU